AUGCUGGGAAUAUACGACGUUUACAAAGGACCAGGAAACAUCGAGCCUGCACUUCCCGGUGCCGCACAAUUCCCCAUCUCUGACCCAUUUUCGGCCAUUGCAGCCAUGGCGUCGGUAACCAAAUCUCUAUCUUUUGGCGUUACUUCCUCCACCACGUAUGAACAUCCAUUCUCGCUGGCACGUCGAUUCUCGACACUGGAUCAUCUCACCCGAGGGCGAGUGGGAUGGAAUAUCGUGACUAGUUACCUGGAGAACGCAGCCAAAAACUUCGGGCUGGAUACCCAGGUCCCACACGACGUCAGAUACGCCAUAGCCGAGGAAUAUCUCAAUGUCACCUACAAGCUCUGGGAGGGCUCAUGGAGGGACGAUGCGGUAGUUCAAGAUCGGAACACAAAGCAGUACACUGUGCCGGACCGUGUUCGGCGGAUUGACCACGUUGGGUCAGUUCCAUCAGCCCUCACGGAAUGCAACUGA